CGUGGGAUUGCUAUAACCGUGUAAGAAUCUACGUUUUAUUUUCCGGAGAUUAGACUUUGAAGGCAAACUAAUUUCACAAAGUCAUCUGAAUUAUUCAAGGAUAGAGAAAUCUUGUGUUGGUCUUACUGAAUGUUAGCAUAGUGGGACAUAUUGAGCGUUCGAAAGAAGUCUGUUUACUUGUUCAAUCAACUGUUCAUAUGGAUGACUUGGACGCUUUGUUGGCUGAUUUGCAAGCAAUUCCAAUUGGAGGAAGUCAAAAAACUACGAGGGAUCCUAAGGACCCACCACCACCUUUACCGACAGAAAAUGACUCUUCACGGCAUACAUCAAUCAGUUUAGGAUCAAAUUUGUCAGAGUUAGAUAGUUUGCUGGAAGAUUUGAACAUAACAACACAUCCUAAAGGAGAAAGUAACAGUGUAGAUGGAGUGUCAGACAAAUACAUCAAUGAUCCACAACAAAACCGACAACCAGUUGAAUCAUUACUUAGUGAGCUUGAUAGUGCUGUAAUAAAUACACUACAGCAGUCAAAUGAAUCCCCCUCACAAGAUUCAAAUUCUCCAAACAAGGCAUCAUCUGCAACUAAAGAACUAGAUGACUUGAUGGCAUCAUUGUCUGAUUUCAAAGUAAACGUACAAACUGUUGCACCAGCUCAUUCCGUAAAGAAUAAUGAUGAAUAUGCUAAACCACAGCGAUCUGUUUCUUCCAACAAGACUCAACAAGGUAGUCAACCAGUAAGAACAAGUCAACUGGAUUCUAUGUUAGGUAGUUUGCAAUCUGAUAUGAAUCGACAAGGUGUUAGUACUGUCAAAAAAGGAAUAUGUGCUGCUUGUAACAAACCAAUUGUUGGUCAGGUUGUUACAGCUCUUGGAAAGACAUGGCAUCCAGAGCAUUUUGCAUGUGUAGUAUGUGAGUUACCUCUUGGAUCAAGGAAUUUCUUUGAGAGAGAUGGAAAGCCUUAUUGUGAAAAAGAUUAUCAUGAGCUAUAUGCACCAAGGUGUGCAUACUGUAAUCAACCUAUUCUUGAUUCAUGUGUUACUGCCCUGGAUAAAACCUGGCAUCAGGAAUGUUUCUUUUGUCAUCAAUGUGGAAAACAAUUUGGUGACUCAGGUUUUCAUGAAAGAGAUGGAAAACCAUUUUGCCGUGAUUGUUAUUUUGCUGCAUUUGCUCCCAAAUGUGGUGGUUGUGAUCAGCCAAUAAUGAAUAAUUAUAUUGCUGCUUUGGGUCAACACUGGCAUCAAGAAUGCUUUGUGUGUUAUGAAUGCCAUGAACCGUUUCAGGGAGGAAGUUUCUUUGAACAUGAAGGCAAACCUUAUUGUGAGAUGCAUUAUCAUUCAAAGCGUGGUACCUUGUGUUAUAACUGCCAGAAACCAAUCACUGGUCGAUGUAUUACUGCCAUGCAUCGACGAGGUAUCUGAUUUCGAAAGUGAAGAGGAAGCAAUCACACAAGAAAUUUGCAGGAAGAUUCAAAGUGCUCUGCAAAGUUUGCAUAUACAGAUGAAGUAUUGUGAGAAGAGUACUCUAUGAAAUGUUACUGACGAGGGAUAGUACAAGGACCAAAGAAGAAAAAUGCUGCUUCUCUGUGAGACUGUAGAAGGAUUAAUUCACGUUCAUUCACGAGAGAAAUGAAAAUGGCUGUGAUGAUGGAGAUGAGUCUCCUUAUUUGAUGCCUAUUUCUUUCGGGUACGCUGCGAAAAAUUCCAGAGUUCGGAAUGAAUUUGACGUGUUGCGAAUGCUUGGAAAAAGGAGGGUUUGCUUCAGUUGUCAAGGAAACUUUUUCUUACAUACAUCGUUUAAAUAGAUGGUACGUAUUAAAUUGGACGACUGUCUCUAUGCGAUCAAAAGAAUUCGUUUGAAUCAGAAAAGUGCACAGUUUAAUCGCAAAAUUACUCGAGAAGAGAAGUUACUUUCUAGAUUGAAUCAUGAAAAUAUUUCAAGGUAAAAAGAAGUUUACUAUCCAUAAUGAAUCAAACUCUAUAGCAUAUGGGUUGAAAACGAGGUUCAAUUUAGACGAUACAAAUUGCUUGGCUUAUUAAUUAAUGUUAUCUUUAUAGAACUGUUAUAAAAAGUAGAUAAUCCCUUUUUUACACAAAGCCUAUGGAUGCUUUUGUUCAUGAUGAGAGAGUUAUAUUAUUUAAGGAGAUUGUCGUUCAUCACGAGAGAGUUAUGAGAACGUUACAAUGUAAAAGGUAAUAAGUAAAAAACGUAUAAACAUGUUUAGAGAUGGUUUAAAUUAUAAGUCAAAAAGGCAGAAGUCGUUUGAACCUUUGCAGUAAGAACUCUUGUAAACAAAA